AUGGUGGGGAUUACACAGCCGAGACCCGGAGAGCAUGUAAACGCAAAUGGAGUUUGGGAUUUAUUGCAAAAUAAGGGAAAGAUGACCGUCUUCUCGUUGUGCUUGCUCCUGUGCGCAGAUCUACUGGAUUUAGCCGUCGGAUAUUUGACUGUUACCAUAGAGCCGUUGCCUCCCGUUGUUGUGGGCGAGACUGUUACCCUCAAGUGUAACUUCAAAACGGACGGAAGGCUUCGAGAGAUUGUUUGGUACCGGGUCACAGAUGGAGGGACCAUCAAGCAGAAAAUCUUCACCUACGACGCUAUGUUUAAUACAAAUUACUCUCACAUGGAGGACUACCGCAGGCGUGAAGACCUCGUGUACCAAUCAACCGUCCGGCUGCCGGAGGUACGGAUCUCAGACAACGGGCCUUACGAAUGCCAUGUGGGCAUCUACGACCGGGCAACAAGGGAGAAGGUUGUCCUGGCUUCAGGGAACGUUUUUCUCACUGUUAUGUCGCCUCCAAACAACAUAUCAGUGGUGGCAGAAAACACCCCAGCCCCAUUCAGUCGAUACCAAGCCCAAAACUUCACUCUCGUCUGCACUGCAAAAGGAGGGAAACCAGCCCCAUCGGUGUACUUCAAGCGUGAUGGCGAGCUGAUAGAGGUGAUCUCCUACACUCAAUCCUCCAGCGAGCAGGGUGGCGUCUCAGCGGGGGUAAGAGGAGCCAGGCCGCUCAUCAGCAGGGACUUGGAUGACACUAAACUGCAGCGUUCCCUCUCCCUUCUGGACCCCGAAGGGCGGGCGCCGCCGCCCCGUCCGUACACAGAGAGCACCCAGCGUGUCCACACUCAAGGCCAGCAGGCUAACGAACCAAGCCCUGCCACGGAGGUCAUCCCAGAGACAGUGGUGAGCCGGGAAUUCCCCCGCUGGGUGCACAGCACAGACCCUCUCUACUACUUCAGCCACACUCACAUCCCACAGAGUGACGGCUCUGUGGUGGUGCAGGCCCGACUCACCUGGACCCUCAACCCUCAGCUGGAUAACGAUGCCCUGUUCAGCUGCGAAGUCAAGCACCCAGCACUGUCCAUGCCCAUGCAGACAGAGAUCACUCUAGCUGCUCCUAAGGGUCCUAAACUCGCUAUGUCCCCCACUAGAGCAAAGGUAGGGGACACGGUGCGCAUCACUGUGCAAGGAUUCCAGGUAGGAUCACCUGGGAAUGAGGUGUUCCCCGAGCCCCUGUUCACCUGGACCCGAGUAGGGGGCCGCCUGUUAGAUGGCAGCACUGAGCGAGAUGGGAAGGAGCUGAUUCUGGAGAGAGUGCCAGCCGAGCUCAACGGCUCCAUGUAUCGCUGCACGGCCCAGAAUCCUUUGGGCUCCACGGAUACGCACACUCGCCUCAUAGUCUUUGAAAAUCCAAGCAUGAUGAAAAACACACAGAAUCAGAACAAUGGAGCCUCCCGCGUUGACGUGCUCGGACUAACGUGGAUGGCACUUGUCCUCACAGUGACAGUGGAACUGACGUGAAACCUCUCAUGCAACACACUCACACACAUACUUGCCCUUCUUAGACAAACUUCCACACACGCACACACACACACACACACACACACACACACACACACUCUCACACACAUUUUCCACAAACCCUGCAAGCCUUUUCCAGUCAUCAACAGGCCCUCCAUGCGUCAGUCGAUCAGGAAACAGUGCCAUCACAGGAUGGCGCUCCACUGUGUUUUGUAAUAAAAUAUUAACCAAGAUAAUGAUAUCAAAAGAACAACGUGAUGAACAUGAUAAUAACCACCUCCUAUAUAGCCCUGCCCAGUUACACCUUCUUCUUUUUUUGUUUCUUGUCCCACGUCUGCCUGUUGAUCAAUAAAACCAGUUGAUUUGAAAUGGAAACAGAAAAGAGGCAUUUGGAUUUUAUUUUGUUAAGUCAAAAUGUCAUUGGUGUUGACUGAAAGUUGAAAAGUGGAACUGGCUUAGGAUGCGCCACCAUAUGAACCAGUCCAAUCUGUUACAUGUCCUGGGAUGCACCUGAAAACACGCUGAUAAACCACAGAGGAACAAACACAGAUGCUUCAAGAGAACAUUCUUUUUUUAUUAAUAUACAAGUAUUGCUUUUUUUCCUGAUGGCUUGGAAUGUACAAGUGGAUUUAAACGCAUUGAGAAACUAGAAGAAAAACAAAUCUCCUUUUUGAGUGUAUUUUGUGUACAUCAGUGUAAAUAUUGACAAUAAUUAAAGAGGUUAUAUGGGUUAUGGCGAGGGAUGGUUGCUGAUAUAGUUGGAGCUUACACUUCUCCACCUUUGUUUGUACUUCAUUCAACACUGUUCUCAGUGAUAAUUCUUGGCUGAAAGGACAAAAGCAUUAACAGCCUUUUGGUUUCUCAUUUGGGCUUUUUAUAUCUCUAUGGCAGGUCUCCGAGGACAGAGUAAAAAAAAAAAAAGAAAAUCAACAUAUGUCUGCUGUUUUGGGGUUGUGGUGCAUGUGACAUUUGAAGAUUAUUUCUCCUUUUUGGUGUGUUGCAAUUGACGGCACUGCAACUCAUUGUCACUGGCCUGUAAUCCAGUUAUUCACUUGUGACAUAUUAUCUUGCAUUGUGUACAAUACGUAACUCUUACCCAGACAUCUACUAGUAGGAUCAUUUUAGCCGCCAUUCCAGGGAGGUGCUCACUUGAGGCAGCGUGUGUAAACAGGGUUGUUGCAUUUGUUUCCUUUCACCUGUAUUAAAAUGGAGAGAUAAUAACACUU